GGUUAAACAAUGGAAAUUAACACUGUAUAUUUAUAUAAACGAUCAAUCUUGUAACAAAAGAUUUAAAUAACCAGUUCAUUAAAAUCAUGAAUUAUAAAUACACACAUACACCUACAAAAAGUGACACAAGAGCUCAGUAGAUAUAUUUUUUUAGUUACUAAUGUAAACAAUAACUGUCAAUAAUCGGAAUAUAAUGGCAACACAGGAAAAUGAUUCAACAGAUAUCGAAGUCGUUCUUAAAGAUCUCAAAAAGAUUAUGAAUUCGGACUGUAGUGUACUAAAGACUCUCUUGCUCAUUUUAUCAGUUUUUUUCCAUGUAGAAGUUGUAGUGACUGCAUCGGAUGUUCCAAAUGUUACUAUACCAAAUGCGGAAUAUAGCAUAUGGAGUGGUUCGGCUAUGACUCUAGAAUGCAUUAUUGAUUCUAUUCCAAAUCACACCGAUGUAUACUGGCAAAAAGAAUCUCAUGGUACAGUUAUGAAUAUAACAUCGUCUAGUACUAAUGUAUAUGGUGCAACGGUCACUAAACCAUCGUUGACCAUCACCCACGUAACUACAGAUGACGAAGGGCAGUAUAUAUGCUUGGCUGUUAAUAUUGUUGGAACUGGAAAAAGCAACCCCACUUCUGUGAAAGUAUUAGGUAAGAUGUUUUAUAUUUUUUACAGUGACGAAGCAUAUUGA